GAUCCAAAGCCCUGAGCAGUGGUUUAUCUCUGCACAUCCAAGAGGGCGAGUCCCUGCGCCUGGUGUGUGUCCCUGACAGCAACCCUCCUGCCACGCUGAAAUGGAUUUGGGGGAACCGGACACUGAAACCCUCACAGCCCUCCAACCAUGGGGUUCUGGAGUUGCCUCAGGUGGGGCUGAAGGACCAUGGAAAAUACGUCUGCCAAGCUCAGAACGUGCUGGGCACUCAGACAGCCUCUGUGAACCUCAUUGUGCACAGUGAGUUGCGAGAUACCUGGGGGGAAUCCAGAACCCAGGAAGGCAAUGGUUCAGGGGGUCAUCAGAGGAGCUGGUGCCAUGGUCCUGCUUGCCGUCUGCCUCGGCCUCAGCUUCUGCAUGAACCUGGAUGGAUUCUGGCUGUGGCAGGUGCAGGAUGCUGGCCUCUGCUGCUGCCCCUGCUGUGGAAGGGCUCCCUGCAGGAGAAUCCAGAGUUUGACCUCCAAGUGCCAGAGUUGGUGGCAGUGCAAGAAGGCUUGUGCAGUCUGGUGCCUUUCUUUGUUGUCUUGUGGAGUUUGUGGUUUUCUCCAUUUCCACUCUAUAUGUCCUGGCUUCGGGAUGAAGAUAACACAACCUACAGAGAUCCGGUGGCCACAAAUACAGAGAGAGCAGUGAAGACAGAGACCAGAGACCGAUUCCACCUUCUUGGAGGCAUCUGGACCAGUGACUGCUCUCUGGACAUCACAGAUGGCAGGAAAAGUGACACAGGAAGCUACGUCUUUCAGGUGGAAAAAGAACAGUUUGGAAACUAUACUUAUGAAGAGAUGAAUUUGAAGGUGACAGACCUUGCAGAAAAACCAGUCAUCCACUUUCCCGAACCUCUGGAGUCUGGACAUCUCACAAACCUGAGCUGCAGCCUGCCAGGAUCAUGCCAAGGGGGCAGACCCAUCACCUUCUCCUGGAGGGAAGAUGUUCUUAAAACCAUGCACUCUGGGACCUUUGACACCUCAGUGCUCACCCUCAUCCCACAGCCCCAGGACCACAACACCAGUCUCACCUGUCAGGUAAAUCUCCAUGAAACUUAUGUGACCACAGAGAAAACCAUAUGGCUCAAUGUCUCCUAUGCUCCACAGAAACUCAGCAUCAUCAUCCUCAGAAAUGGUGCAGGCUGCCCCAUCCGCCCCAUCAACAAGUCCUGGAAUUGA